AUGACGUCUCCAAAGAUGGUCUUUUAUCUGACGUGUUUGUUCUUGGGAAAAAUCGCUCAGACGACUGAUCGGAAAAUAUCUUCAAGUGUUCGUCAAGAGAAACGUUAUAUAUCUGCUAAUGUUGGAGUAAAUGUGACUUUGCCAUGCUACAUUGAAGAUGGUGAAACAAAUUGGCUUUACUGGUUUAAACAAACUCUGGGACAGAAACCAAGGCUCAUCUCCACCGCCUAUAAGUAUAAUGCAAAACCCACUUUUUAUCAUGAAUUUAAGAACAAUUCACGCUUCACACUUGAUCAUGGAAAAAGUAGAAAUCACUUGACAAUUUUGAACUUGCACAUUUUGGACUCAGCUACUUACUACUGUGCAUUUGCCCCUCGAAUUGUUUUGAAUUUUGAAGAAGGCACUACAAUCAGUGUCAAAGGUUCUGGUUUGAACCCCCCACCUUCAGUCCAUCAGUCAGCAUCUGAGAUCAUCCAGUCAGGAGACUCUGUGACUCUGAACUGUACAGUACACACUGGCAGCUGUGAUGGAGAACACAGUGUUUACUGGUUCAAAAACUCUGAGGACUCUCCAGGACUCCUUUACACCCAUGGAGGCAGGAAUGAUCAGUGUGAGAGGAAACCCAACACACAGACACACACCUGUGAAUACAACCUGCCAAUGGAGAGCCUGAAUCUUUCUCAUGCUGGGACUUACUACUGUGCUGUUGCCUCAUGUGGACACAUACUGUUUGGAGACGGGACCAAGCUCGACUUUGAAGAUGAGGUCGACUCUCUUGUGUAUUUCUUAAGUGGAGCUUUGGCAUUCAACUCCAUUCUGGUAGUUUUACUGGCUUUCUUAGUGUACACGAUGAAAAAGAGAAACAACUGCCAAUCAACAGAGUCUGAAGCAAGAUUAUCAACUCCCUCUACAGCAAAUGCAGAGGGUAACCAGGAUGCAGGCAGCCUCCAUUAUGCUGCUGUAAGUGUCAAUGUUCCCAACAGAUCAAGACGACAGAGGAACAUCCCCAAUGAUGAAUGUGUGUACUCUGGUGUUAAGCUGUAGACAAACCAUGUUUGAUUACUUAUGUUAAACAACAUUGGAUUGGUGAUGUUUGAAAUGUGAUAUAGAUUUUAAAGUAGAUGUUUUAAUGUUGUGCUUUAUGUUUUCUUAUGUCCAUUGUUUCUCCUCAGUAUUCAAA